UCUUCAUCACUCUCACCUUUCAAACCUCUCAAAGUCUCUCUCUCUCUCUCUCAUUCAACAAUGGCGGCUUCUACCAUGGCUCUCUCCUCCCCAUCCUUCGCCGGAAAGGUAGUCAAACUUUCCCCGGAAGUUGUCGGCACCGGGAGGAUCUCCAUGAGGAAAACUGCCUCCAAGUCUGUUUCCUCCGGAAGCCCAUGGUAUGGCCCAGACAGAGUUAAAUACUUGGGCCCAUUCUCCGGCGAGCCCCCAUCCUACCUUACCGGAGAAUUCCCUGGUGACUACGGCUGGGACACUGCUGGGCUUUCGGCUGACCCAGAAACCUUCGCUAAGAACCGUGAGCUGGAAGUGAUCCACUCCAGAUGGGCCAUGCUUGGAGCCCUAGGGUGUGUCUUCCCGGAGCUUUUGUCCCGCAACGGUGUGAAAUUCGGUGAGGCCGUUUGGUUCAAGGCCGGAGCCCAAAUCUUCAGCGAGGGUGGGCUCGACUACUUGGGCAACCCAAGCUUGAUCCACGCACAGAGCAUCUUGGCAAUCUGGGCCUGCCAGGUUAUCUUGAUGGGUGCCGUAGAGGGAUACCGCAUUGCAGGUGGGCCACUCGGAGAGGUGACCGACCCACUUUACCCAGGUGGAAGCUUCGACCCAUUGGGUCUUGCUGAUGACCCAGAGGCAUUCGCAGAGCUGAAGGUGAAGGAGCUCAAGAAUGGUAGGUUGGCUAUGUUCUCCAUGUUUGGAUUCUUUGUUCAGGCCAUUGUCACCGGAAAGGGACCUUUGGAGAACUUGGCUGACCACCUUGCUGACCCUGUCAACAACAACGCCUGGGCCUAUGCCACUAACUUUGUACCCGGAAAGUGAGAAACUGAAAAGUGGAAGUGAGAUUAGGGAGUUUGGUUUUUAACUCUCUGUGUGUAGUGUAAUGUCGAUUAAUGUAAAUUUGUCGGGGGAAGUAAUGAGAAGCCUAAUGUGAAUUUUCUGUGCUAA